AUGUCUACUUUCGAUACGAAUGCACUACCGUUCUUAAAUCCUAGGACAGAAAGAAGGGUUGCCCUAAUAACAGGAGGAAAUAGUGGUGUUGGAUUUUAUACUGUUUUACAUUUAUAUCUUCACGGAUAUAUCAUCUACAUUGCCGGAAGAAGUAGAUCUCAAUGUUUAAAGUCGAUUAAAGAAUUAAAGAAGAAGGCAAAGGAAAUAAUACAGGAAUACGACGUUGACGCUUCUAGUAUUCGACAUCUUGGAGACUUAUUCUUCUUAGAGGUUGAUUUAAGUAGUUUAUCAUCAGUUAUACGAGCAGUUGAAUAUUUCAAAAGUAUUGAAGAUCAUUUACAUUUAUUAAUUAAUAAUGCUGGUGCAAUGGCUCUACCUUUUGCGUUAACUAAAGAUAAUUUUGAAAUACAAUUACAAACAAAUUAUGUAUCACCGUUCUUAUUAACCACUAAAUUAUUACCAAUACUAGAGAAAACCACCGAUAAAUUCCCUACAUCUCCACCUCCUAGGGUGAUAUAUGUUAGUUCAAUAGGACAUCAAUUUGCCAUUAGAUACUUUAGAUUAAGUCAAGCAUUCAAUUAUAAACCAAAUUUUAUCUUCACUUGGCUUCGAUAUGGUAUGGCCAAAACUGCAGGAAUACAUUUUAUGAAAAUGUUAGCUUUAAGAAAUCCAAAAGUUCUUUCAAUGACAGUACAUCCUGGAUUUGUAAUGAAUGCUAAUAUAUUUGCAUAUUGGACAAGAUUACCUAUCGUGGGGAUAUUAUUCUGGUGUGUGUUUGAGAUUGUGGGAUAUUUCUUUGGCGUAAGUAGUCAAGAAGGUGCAGAAGCUGUUACUAAAUGUAGUCUUGAUCCAAGUUUUACAGUUGAAAAACAUAAUGGGAAAUAUUUCGGGGCGGAUGGACAAGAAGCCACCCCUUCUAGAAUUGCUAAUGAUAUGGAUUAUGCGGCAAGAACUUGGAUUUGGACUAUACAUCAAUUAAAUGAAAGAGGAAUCAGGAUUCCUAAUAAUAAUGAUUUUUAA